UUUUGCAGUGUCACACCGUCGAAUUGUUUGAAUGUUUUGACAUUUCGUCUCGCUCCCACUAUCUAGUAUUUGUAUUGUUAGUCAUGGAGUUUUCGUGGCCUUGGCAAUACGAUUUUCCUCCAUUCUUCACCCUACAACCAAAUUUGGAUACUCAAAAGAAACAACUAGAGGCAUGGAGAAAACUUGUAAUCGAUUACUGCCGUCAUAACAAAAUAUUUGUCCUUGAUGUUCAAGAAUCAAUUCCAUUGUUUCAAAACAAAACCAUAGACCGGCAGCUUUCAAGUGAAGGGAUUAAACGUGUGCUAGAGAUCUUGCAAGAAAACAACCUAAUUGAAUGGUGUGACAAGUCCAAAAAGCAAUGUUUUGUUUAUUGGAAGACCCCUCAAGAGUGGGGGAACUUGAUCUAUCACUAUAUUACUGAUAAAGGAAUGACAAAUACAGUGUGCACGUUUUAUGAACUGACUGAAGGAGAUGAUGUUAAAAACGAAGAGUUUGCAGGGUUGGAUAAGUCAAUGCUCUUAAAAGCUUUGAGGACACUUGAAGCAUCAAAUAAAGCAGAAGUGAUUAUGUUUGGUGGUAGUGAAGGAGUAAAGUUCUUUUGAAAUUCUAAAUAUCAUAAUCUCAAGUAAAGUUUAAAAAAUGCA